CGUGCGAUCACUCCGCUGACAGUACCGUGUGUUUAUGACGGAUUUCUGGAGGAAGCAGGACCAAAGACACAAAUUCACACUGAAGCGACAUCGGUAGCCUCGUUCAGGACGGACUUCUCUGGCAUUUGACCAUUUCGCAGUGGAAUACCGGAUACUCGCAAAUCUGGGUUUGAAACCAUGAGCUCAGUGGCCGUGUUGACACCUGAAAGUUUUGCUGAGCACCGCAGUGGCUUGAGAGAUGAGGACACAGCAGGCGGUGUACCAGAGGAUGAAGCUUACAUUCCUACAUACCUUGAAGCCUUCCCUCCCCUACCAGAAAAGGGUGCACCCACAGAAAAAUCUAGUGAACCAUCGGGAGCAUGGAGCAAGAUUCGACCAAUCAAGUCCUCUGUCAUCACUCAGGUGUUUCAUGUCCCUCUGGAAGAGCGCAGGUACAAGGACAACAGCCAGUUUGGGGAAGGAGAGGAGUCUAAAGUUUGCCUUGAUAUUAUGCAGAAGACAGGAGCCCACAUUGAGCUCUCCUUGGCUAAAGAUCAGGGCCUGUCCAUCAUGGUGACUGGCAAGCUUGACUCUGUCAUGAAAGCUCGGAAGGAGAUUGUAGCUCGGCUUCAGACCCAGGCUUCAGCCACUGUCACCAUACCUAAGGAGCACCAUCGGUUUGUUAUUGGAAAGAAUGGUGAGAAGCUGCUGGAACUGGAGCUGAAAACUGCCACGAAGAUUCAGAUUCCUAGACCAGAGGACUCAAGUAAUCAGAUAAAGAUUGCUGGCACUAAGGAGGGAAUUGAGAAGGCUAGACAUGAGAUUCUCUUAAUAUCUGCAGAGCAGGACAAACGAGCUGUUGAACGGAUUAACCUAGAGAAAGCUUUCCAUCCUUUUAUUGCUGGAGCCUACAACAAACUGGUACAGGAGGUCUGCCUUGAGACAGGAGCACGUAUUAACAUCCCUCCACCUAGUGUCAACAAGGAUGAGAUCAUUAUCACUGGAGAAAAAGAGCCUGUGGCACAGGCUGUAGCACGCAUCCGCAGCAUUUAUGAAGAUAAGAAACGCAAGACAACAACCAUUUCAGUAGAGGUGAAGAAAUCCCAGCAUAAGUACAUCAUCGGGCCCAAAGGUAAUACGUUGCAGGAGAUACUAGAUACCACUGGAGUUUCAGUGGAAAUGCCAGCAUUGGAUUCUAGUUCAGAAACCAUAAUCCUGCGAGGUGAGCCUGACAAACUGGGAGCGGCUCUCACUCAAGUAUAUGCUAAGGCAAAAAGUGUGAUGGUGGCUAAAGUAAUGGCUCCAGCUUGGUUACAUAGAUUUAUUAUUGGGAAGAAAGGACAAAAUAUCAGCCGGAUCACUCAGCAGCUUCCUAGGGUUCACAUAGAGUUUACAGAUGGAGAUGAGAAGAUCACACUUGAAGGUCCAACUGAAGAGGUUGAGCAGGCUCAGGCACAAAUCCAGGAGAUUAUAAAAGAUUUGCUUGUCAGAAUGGAUUACACUGAAGUAAUGAUAGAUCAGCGCUUUCACAGGCACUUAAUUGGAAAAAAUGGUGCAAACAUCAAUCGCAUUAAGGAACAGUACAAGGUACUGGUGCGGAUUCCACAGGAUGGUGACAGAAGCAACCUGGUACGCAUUGAGGGGGACCCCCAAGGAGUGCAACUUGCAAGGAAGGAACUGCUUGAGAUGGCAUCACGUAUGGAAAAUGAGCGUACCAAAGACCUGAUAAUUGAACAACGAUUUCAUCGGACUAUAAUUGGACAGAAAGGCGAAAAGAUCAAAGAGGUUCGGGAUAAGUUCCCAGAGGUAAUCAUCAAUUUCCCUGAUCCAUCUCAGAAGAGUGACAUUGUUCAACUUCGUGGCCCCAAGAAUGAAGUGGAGAAGUGUGCCAAGUAUUUGCAGAAGGUCAUUGCUGAAUUGAUAGAGAACAGCUACUCCAUUUCAGUUCCUAUAUUUAAGCAGUUUCACAAAAACAUCAUUGGAAAGGGUGGUGCCAACAUCAAAAAGAUACGUGAGGAAACAAACACCAAGAUUGACUUGCCAACAGAGAACAGCAACUCUGAAGUUAUUCUAAUCACAGGGAAGAAAACAAACUGUGAAGCUGCCAGGGAUCGCAUUUUGGCAAUCCAGAGAGAGCUGGCUAAUAUCAAGGAAGUAGAGGUGUCCAUUCCUUCAAAACUGCACAACUCCUUGAUAGGGGCAAAGGGCCGUCUAGUUCGAUCUAUCAUGGAGGAAUGUGGAGGGGUCCAUAUUCAUUUCCCUUCAGAGGGAUCAGGCAGUGAUAAAGUCACUAUCAGAGGCCCCAUGGAGGAAGUGGAGAAAGCCCGAAAGCAACUGCUACAACUUGCUGAGGAAAAGCAAAUCAACAACUACACAGCUGAGCUACAGGCCAAGCCUGAAUACCACAAAUUUCUAAUUGGCCGUGGUGGGGGCAACAUCCGCAAAGUCCGUGAUCGUACUGGUGCACGGAUCAUCUUUCCUACGACAGAUGACCGCGAAGUAGAGGUCAUUACCAUUGUUGGAAAGGAGGAGGCUGUAAAACUAGCGCAGAAAGAGCUGGAGCUGCUUAUUAAGAAUCUGGACAAUGUAAUAGAAGAUGUGAUGGUAGUGGACCCUAAAUAUCAUAGACACUUUGUCACACGACGUGGUCAAGUCCUUCGAGAGAUUGCUGAAGAAUAUGGUGGAGUAACUGUCAGCUUUCCUCGGACUGGAGUUCAGAGUGACAAGGUUACCCUGAAAGGAGCAAAGGAUUGUGUUGAAGCUGCUAAGAAACGGAUCCUAGAGAUUAUAGAGGACCUGGAUGCCCAAGUCACUCUAGAGUGUGUGAUCCCACAAAAAUACCACCGCUCAGUAAUGGGGGCCAAGGGUUCCAAAGUUCAGCAAAUCACUCGUGAUUAUGAUGUUCAGAUCAAGUUUCCUGAACGGGAGGAAUGUUCUGGAAUGGAUCUGCAUCUUCAGGAAAAUGGGGAUGUUAGUCCUGAAGUAGAGCUUGUGCCUAACAAGUGUGAUAUUAUUACGAUCUCAGGACGCAAAGAAAAAUGUGAAGCUGCUCGCAUUGCUCUCCUAGCUUUGGUCCCUGUGACUUUGGAUGUUGAUGUCCCAUAUGAUCUUCACCGUUAUAUCAUUGGACAGAAGGGCAUUGGAAUUCGCAAGAUGAUGGAAGACUAUGAGGUUAACAUCUCUGUACCUCAGCCAGAUCAGCAGUCAGAUGUCAUUAAAAUCACAGGACUAGUGGCAAAUGUUGAACGAGCCAAACAAGGAUUGCUGGAGAGGGUGAAAGAGCUGCAGGCAGAACAGGAAGAUCGGGCAUUGCGAAGCUUUAAACUCACAAUUUCUGUGGAUCCUAAAUACCACCCAAAAAUUAUUGGCAGAAAGGGAGCUGUAAUUUCACAGAUCCGUAAGGACCAUGAUGUCAAUAUUCAAUUCCCAGACAAGGGAGACGAGCACCAGGAUAUAAUCUCCAUAACAGGGUAUGAGCUUAACACAGAGUCGGCCAAGGAUGCCAUCUUGCGCAUUGUAGCAGAUCUGGAAGAAAUGGUUAGUGAGGACAUCAAACUAGACCACCGAGUUCAUGCACGCAUCAUUGGUGGUCGUGGAAAAGCUAUCCGCAAGCUUAUGGAGGAGUUUAAGGUUGAUAUACGCUUCCCCCAGCCAGGAUCCAAUGAUCCAGAUCGAGUGACAGUCACAGGUCUUCCUGAAAAUGUGGACAAUGCUGUUGACCACCUCCUCAUUCUAGAGGAGGAAUAUAUGAUGGAUGUGACAGAGACUGAGACAAUGGCUGCUUACAUGAAGCCUCCUUCUCGCCACGAGGAUGACCACCGGAGUCCAGCUAAAGGAUUUGUUGUCAGAGAUGCACCCUGGAAUGUACCAGGAAAUAAGGCCCCUGACAUGAGCAGUGCUGAGGACUUCCCAACCUUCGGAGCAGGCAUCACCCCCAAACAGAUGUCUGCUUGGGGUCCAAAGAAGUUUUGAGAAGAAAAUGCUGAAGCUAACGGCCUCUGUCACGCACAAAUCCUCAUACCAUCACCUUCAUUUCCAUUCCAUUCCUGACACCUUAAAAUGUAACGUAACCAGUUUGUCAAUGCGCACACAGAAUUGUCCUCUUCCAUAUGCACUUUUGACCAUCUUUUCCUGCUUCUUCCCAACUUCAGGGAAUUACACACCAUCUAGCCAUCUCCUUUUUUUUUUCUUCACCCCCCCCAACCCCCUCAAUAUCUUAUUUUGGGUGGGAGGCAGGGCAGGGGUGGUCUGGCAGCAUGUGGUGUAUUAGGGUGGUUUUUUUUUUGUUUGUUUUUGUAUAUAUUGGAUAGUAGUUACUUCAGGGGAUGUGUUCUAAUUCCUUCACCACUUUUUCACACUUGCCCAUCUUCAACCAUUUUAUUGUGGAUUUACUACUCAUUUUUCUACCUCUCUUUCUCAUUGAAAGCAUUUCAUUUCCCCCUUUUAAAAAAAAAAAAA